AUGGCCAUCCAAGCAACGGGCGAGACGGUGGUGCUCACCCCCACCGCCAACGACGAGCCUGCGUUCAAGUACGAGCUCAAGGAAGAAGAAGAGCAAGCAGAAGAAGAAGAAUCCUACAAGAAGAAGACGCUCCAGCAGAAGAUCCUGUGGGGCGUCUUCUACACGGUCGCGUCGCUGGCCGCGCUCUACUUCUUCAUGGUCGCGGUCAAGUUCAUCGGCGACGGGUUCACGCUCGCUCUGGGCUGCGACUCGAAGGGGGCCUUCGACUUCGCCAACAACCCCGUGGCCGGGCUCAUGAUCGGCACCAUUUCCACCGCCUUGCUGCACAGUUCCGGUACGGUGACGUCAAUCACCGUCGCUCUGGUGGGCGCCGGGGGGAUGACCGUCCGCCAGGGCGUCUACGUCGUCAUGGGGGCCAACAUCGGUACCUGCGUGACGUGCAUCAUGGUGGCGUUCGGCCAGGUGGGCGACCCCGUGCGCUUCCAGCGAGCCAUGGCGGCCGCCACAGUGCACGACAUGUACAACAUUUGGUCCGUGAUCGUGCUCUUCCCCAUCGAGGUGCUGUUCCACCCGCUGGAGAAGAUGUCCAUCGAGAUGUCCAACGCCAAGACGUCGAGCGGCGCCUUCAACAGUCCGGUGGACGCGAUCGUGAACCCGUUGACCCAGAAACUCCUGUCGGUGGACAAGAGCUCCAUCUACAAGGUCGCGACGGGAGACUUGGAGUGCACCCCGGGGAUCUCCUUCGUCAAAAGCGGCGCCUUUGAAGGUUCAAGCUUGAGCGACGGCAGCAUCAGCGCUAUCGUCAUUGUACUGGGCUUUUGCAUUCUCGUUUGUUCCUUGGUGACGCUGGUCAAGAUGCUGGCCAAGGUCUUCUUGGGCCCCACCAAGACGCUGAUCUCCAAGCUCUUGAACUACAACGGCUACGUCAACAUCUUCAUGGGCACGUUGAUCACGUUUGCAGUCCACUCGUCGACGGUCGUGACGUCCACGUUGACGCCGAUGGCUGGCUUGGGGGUUAUCACGCUGGAACAAGUCUACCCGCUUGUGAUCGGAGCCAACUUGGGCACGACGGGGACGGCUCUUCUGGCGUCUUUGGUCACGGGCAAGUCGGACUCGGUGGCUAUCGCGCUGGUGCACUUCUGGUUCAACGUGUUCGGCAUCUUCCUCUUCUACCCGAUCCCGAUCACGCGCAAGCCGAUCUUGGACUGGGCCCGGUCGCUGGCGUUCUUCAGUGCGUCCUGGGCGUGGACGGCUGCGCUGUUCCUCAUCUUCCUGUUCCUCGUGAUCCCCGGGAUUCUGCUGGGUCUGGUCUACAUGUGCACGGCCGACAGUACCGUGGCGCAAGUCUUCGGCUGGGUCAUCGCCUGCGUCGCUGUGCUGUUCUUCGCUGGACUGCUCUUCUGGUACAAGAAGAAAGGAGGCAAGGAGCUGUGGUACGCUUUCCUCGAGAAGAAACGUAUUGCCCGCGAGCAACGCAAGAUCGCUGAAGGAGACGAGAAGAAGUCCUUCAUUGGGGAAGAUGUGGCAUAA